CUUCAAUCUACGUGGACCUCGGUUAAUCUUGGGCCCGAGCACCCUUACAACGGACUUAACCACUGGCAUCAUUCACGAGGAGAGUGGACAACCGAGAAACAGCAACGGAUUGCAAAGUAGAAGCGGUCGCUCUGUCUCAAAGUCACCGAGAGAAUCUGCGCUUUCGCUUCGAGUGCCCAAGGCCGCGCAACAUAUUCUUAAAAGCUACGUGAGCCCUCAAAUAAGCCCAUCGGGUAGUUUGAGCCUGCAGCAGUUUGUCACGAGAUGGCGCAGCUUCAGCCCUCGGAGAUUGAGCUAUUUGGAAGAUUGAGCUCAUAUCCCUUCAGCACGGAUCGUGAAUUUGCAGUUGGGCUUUCCAUCAUCCUAGGCCACCCGGAAUCACCUGCGUCGGAAGAGGAAAUCAAUCGCAAUGAUGACCUUACCCUACAAGCUAAAUGCUUCUACUUCUCAAGGAAAGAAAAGCUCAUGCCCCCACUCGAGUUCUCAACAUACAAAGCAUGGAUAGAAUCAGCAUCAAAAUCCAAGUCCGCCGACCUUUCAUCACCAAGCCCAACAGUGAACGUUCCAAAUUCUAAAGAGGAGCCUGCAUAUCCUUCAUCCUUCGCUCAUAUAGUGGAACUCAUCACAACCGGUCAACCCAUUCCUGGAAUCCAGCAAAUUCCAGACACCGUCUUGACAGGCCAUGACACUCCAAGCGAGAAGUCAGAAAGGCGGAAACCAUGGGAAAAAGGAACAGCUAGUCAAUGACGGGAUUUUAGCUGCUCAGCGUUACACCAAGUGACUGCAAUCGCCCGGGAUCUGGGGAUCUACGUUCUCAAUUAGUGGGCACUGGAGAAGUCCAGGGUUGUGGUCAGCAUGCAAAUAUUAUUAUUCCUGCAAGCCGCAGAGUUGUGAAGGAUAACAAGCAUCGGACAAAUGAGUGGUUGG